AUGGAAGGUUUUACCUUACUCAAGCAUGGAAAUGUAAGUCUUUGUUUUAUGAUUUUUUAAUUUUAGGUAACAUAGUAAUUGAGAUGUGAUUAUUGAGCUACAACUUUAUUUAUUGGUAAAAGCUUUUAUUUAAAAAUUUUAAAUUGAAUUCUGGCUUCGCCGACCUUUUUUUUUAAUUUAGGUAACAAAAACACAAAAAAUGCGUUUAAAAUUUUUCUGAAUAUCAGAUAAAAAAUGUUUAAAAAAUAUAUUAAUUUUAAAAAGUUGGCGUAUUUUAGCCCCAAGAACGUAAGCCGGAUCCAAAUCUAAUAAGUCCAGGCUCAACGACAUCUCAACAUAAGCCAUCAAAGCCUUAUAAACAUCCGAAUGGUUCAGUGCCUUUAGUUAGUGACUCUUUUGAUCUCAUGAACUUUAUCAAAUCAAAACUGUCAGAAAAUGAAAAGAUCAAGAAUGUAAUUGGGAUAAUAGGUCUUCAAGGUUCUGGAAAGUCUACGUUAUUAUCAAUGUUGGCUGGAAACAAGCCGCAGGAUCAGUUUAGGUUGGUUUGUUUUUGCAACUUUGGAUUUCUGGGUUUUUAAGCGUAAGCCUAUUUAAAUUAAGUAUUGUGAAUUGAUAAUAUUUUAUUUAUUUAAAGUUUAGUUAUAUUUUAUAGUAACUGUCAUUAAAAUUUUAGGCAGUACAUUUUCCGACCAGCUACUAAAGAUACCACUGAAUCUGGAUAUUACCAGACGAAUGGCAUCAAUGUGUAUAUUAAUGAUGCUAGAAAUGUUUACAUUGAUUGUAGAGUAAGUCUUCGGGGCUGUGUGAUAGUCUUCAGUGCUUUAUGGCUCGGUUUUUUACAAUAUAAUCUCUAGAAAGACACUUUUUUUGUUAAUUUUAAAAUUUCAAUCUAAAAUGUAAUGCAAAUAUUUAUUUUAUACCCAUUUUUUAGCCUUUCAACUCAGGAACGAUUCUAGAAGAAUAUAAUAAACGGAAUAGACAAGACGGCAAGAACCAGUUUAAAAUGUUUCAAGCUGAUGAUCUGACUUUAGUUUCAACGAUGCUGGACAUUUGUCAUACUGUGAUCUUGUCAAUUGACUGGUUCAUCGACAUGAAUAUGAUUCAGGAACUUUUGAGAGCUUCUUUGUACUCGGAAUUUAACAGCAGAAAGUUUGCUGGGUAUCCGAAGAGAACUAAUUUGAGUACGUUUUGGUUAAAGUUAAAGGUUUUUGUUUUUUAGGGGUUUAACCAAUGAUAAUAUUGGAGAAAAUGGCAGUUAAACGACACUUUAUUAAGUUUUUUGUACUAAUAAUGUAUUUUACAGCCUUGAAAAAUAUUUUACGAACGAGAAAAGAUGCAAAAUUAUCAGUUCAAUUUUAAAAAAUAAUAUUUUUAGUUGUCGUACAUCAACGAGCUCAACCCACCGACUUUGAAGUGGAAAUGGUGAAAGAACGGAUCCAAAUUCUGAAGUCAAUGUUUCACGACAGCCGAAUUAAUAUUUAUGGAGGUGUUUCCAUGAAGAAAUUGGGUUUCGAACGAUAUAAUGGUUGUGAUGAAGAUGUUAAUUAUGUUUUGUUAGACGAGUUCCCUCUUUGGAACAAGGAUUGUGAGUUUUUUGGGAUUUGAGGGUAAAAUAAGGGGUAUAAGUGAAUAUUUAUCUUUGAUUUUAAGGUCACUAUGUCUGACGAUCUUAUAAGAGUUUUUACGCUUUGAAUUUUAUGGCUAUUUUGAAGGUUUUAAUCUAAAUUUUACGUAAAUUUGGCAAAAAAUUUAUGAGAAAUUUGAAUUUCAAGAUUUAUUUAGAAACAUUUUUUAUAAAACCUUUAUAAAACAUCAUAAAAAACGUCAUUUUAGGCUUUGUUGAAGUGGACGUACACAAAAUUCCGUUCAGCGUAGUAGUAGACAAGCUUAAAGAAGCCAUCCUAACACUCCCCAGGUACCCAUUCCGUCUCAUAUCUCAUCAAAGAGUUCUUCGCCUCAGACCAGAAGAAGUGUACGGUAAAACGAGGAUCAGAAGCCGAGACAAACGGCCGAAUUUCAACGAUAAAGACGACACUCAUGAGACUCAAUUCCAACCCGAUCAUCUACCAAACAUCACCCUGAAGCAAAACGAACCUCCGCCCGCCGAACCCUGGAAUGACCUCGAUUCAAUUCUCGCUUUGACGCCGGCUAGCUCAGUCGAUAGCGCCGCCGAAAUUGUCAGACUUUUGCAUUUGACAACCAAGAACAUCAAGAAUGAGGAUUUUGUGGGAGGAUUGUUGCCUAGUGAGGAUAAGGAAAUGACCGAGGUGGACUGGUAAGGGUAUUUUUGGUUUUGUUGAGGUACAAUACGAAAUAUUAUUGGUUUGUUUAAAUAUAAAAAAUGAAUACUGAUCAAGUCAAGUUAAAGUCGGUUUUAAAAAACGUUUUUGCUUUUAUUUUUGUAUUACUGUUUGAAUGAAAAACAAAAAACAGCGAAAAUAUGGAAAUACGGGGCUUGAAAACGGAUGUGAACAGUUUGGUAACAGCAGUCAUUCAGCUUCGAAACGUUUCAAACGCAUUUCCUCCGGUUAUUUGUUGAAGUUUUCACGAUUUUUGCGAAGUUUAUCGAGUUGGAAACGUAGUUUUGAGGGUUUUAGGGAUAAUAUGAGCAUUGUCUAGGGUAAAAAAUGAUUUUUUUGUUUUAGGUUAGUAGAAUUUGAAGAAUAGCGUUUUUUAAUUAUGUUUUUCGUUUUUUAAAUAAUUCUUGUUGUUGUAGGGGUAAGAGAUGUUUUUUAAGUUGUUUUGGUAUGAGGAGGUUAAAUUUUUUUGCCGUUGGGUACAUUAAAGUCUAUUUUUUGAAAAAUUGCGGGAAUUAAAAAAUACGUAGGAGCCGGCUGCAAAAACGUUUGUGUCGAGAAUUCCACGCGUAUUACCUUUUAUCUUUUUUUACGUUUUUCUUUCGGUUUCUAAAGCAGUUCUUUAAUUUAGGCAUUUGUAAAUCACAUCAAGCUGUAAUUUUUUAUUUCUAGACAGUUUUCAGUAAAUAAGUUUUUUAAGUACAGUUUGAACUCAAGGAGCGUAUUUUACGAAGUAUAGUUAUAAACAGUUUAUAACAAUUUUGAAAAAAAAAUGUUUUUUAGUUUGACUUCUUAUAUUAAAAAACUUUUUUUAGGUUCAAUUAUGCUGGCCGAGUGUUCAAAAACCACCUGGAUUACUACCACAACAAAUACUUUUUGAGUAACAACGGACGACUCGCCCCGAUUCUUCUACACAAACUGAAAGGAUCUACUCGGAUUGUCUACAAAAAGGAGCGUAUUCAAGGCAGGAACGAACGACGUGGCCACAGGUAUCAGAAGCAGCGCACGAUCAGCGAAGACAAGGAAGAAGCGCCAGAAGAAGACAAUAAAACGACUUCAGAAGUGGAUGAAGUCGAGAGUGAUCAUUCUUCAGAGCUAUCGUUCACUGAGUCUUCCGAAGAUGACAGUGAUUCAGAAGAGGAGGAAAAGAGAAGCAAAAAGUAUCAGAGAAGACGCGCGGCUUCUGACAGUUCGUAAGAAAGGAUUCUGGACGGAUUGUGUUAGAUUCUGGAGGAGAUUUUGAUGGAUUCUUGAGCCGAUUCUGAGUGCUUCUGGAAGGGUUUUGAUGGAGUUUUGAUGAUAUUGAUGUGAAAACACUAAAAUAUUGAUUUAGUCGAAAAAAGUACGAAGUUGUUAUGAGUUUAGCUUGGUCAAAAAGUAAAUAGAACAAGAAGAAAAGAUAGUUGAGGUUUAGAAAGGAAAGGAUGGUUGAGAUCUUAACCUUCUUUCUUUAUUAGGCUUUUGAUGUGAAGUAAGGCUUGUUUCUAUUCACUUUUUAACCAAAAAGCAUGAAUUCAAUGUAUAUUGACAUUGUCAUCAAGAAAUGAUUAUUUUUGUUGUAUUUUAUUUUGUUCAAAACUAUUGUUAAACUAUUGUAAAAUAAAUUGUUAAAAACCGGAAGAUGUUAUUCUUGCUUUAUAGCCGACGUUACGGUAAGCUACCUGAGUAUCUGGAUGUUUUGUCAUUUGUAUUAUUUUGGUAGUAGUAUUGGUAAUAUUGUUAAUAUGACUUCUGUAAGAAAAGAAAAACGAUGAUGUAUCACAUCAUAAUCAUCAUGUACGACGUCAUCAUCAUGAUUUGUUUAAUCUAAAGUUUCCAGGACUGGGAUCAGUUUAAUGGGCGCAUUCUCAAAUGUGCGUCAGGACACGAUAUUCACGUUGCAGGUGAUUGUCGUAUGUUUCACAUGGUAUACAUGUAGUUCAGGACAAAAUGUGGUUAACAAACUGGCUUUACAGGUAAGAAAUUGAUUUUUUGUUUGAUUUUUAGGUUAUUGACAAGGAUGUAUGGAUAAAAUCUUAAAAUUUGAUUUGAAGUUACCUAGAACUUUGAUUUUUAAAUAUUUAUGAAACUAGUUUAUUUAUUUUGUAGGCAAAAAAACUAGUUUUGCAUGUUUAACAGUACCCAUAGCUCUUGAAAUAAAUAUAUGAUGACAUUAAUUUUUACAUUUAGAAAUUUCCAUUUCCCCUAACGAUAGCAUUGUCAAGUUUGAUAAACAAUGUCAUCUACAGUAUACCGUUGAUGGCAUACCUACACAUAGAAGCUAUAACACCAAAACGGUCGUAUCUCCUCAAGACCAUCUUUCCUAUAUCAGCUGGACGAGCAUUGGCAGUGGGGUUCGCUUACUUUGGGUUACUCAAAGUGCCCGUUUCUUAUGCUCAAACAGGUAAGGAUAAGGUCGUGGUGCUUUUAUUACAUUAGCCUUGCUUUAAUUUUGAUUUGCUUCAGUCUUAUCUUACUUUAUCUCACCUUCGUCUACCCUACUCUACUUAUUUAUAUACUAACCAACCCUGCCCUGUUCUACCUUACUGUACCCUAUUCUAUCCUACCUUAAUUUAAUUUAUCUUGUUUUAUCUUACCCACUCUAUCUUGUCUAUAAUAACUUUUUGUUACUUCAGUAAAAGCCACGAUGCCGGUGUUCACGGUGAUAAUCUCACGUUACAUUUUGGGCGAAAGGCAGACUCUACGAAUAUACAUGUCCUUACUGCCAAUCAUUAUUGGAGUGUUUAUUGCAUCAAUAACAGAACUACAAUUUAAUCUGGCUGGACUAUGUUCAUCACUGUUUUCUACUUUUGUUUUUGCUGGUCUGAAUGUCUUGGCUAAAAAGGUAAAUUUUUUGUAAAAAGGAAUGUCAUUUUAAAAAGGCAUGUUAAACGUUUUUUUUAGUUUAAAAAAGGUUUGACAUACUUUAUAUUGUAGAUGACGCUUUGUUGUUUUAUAUUGUAGAUUCGGUCUUCCAAGUUAAAAAUCAAGGGCUAAGUUAAGGACUGAACAAGUUUUUCAAAAUUGAAUUCCAGGUAUUUGAAGAGACCAGAAUGCACCCAGUGAACUUACUGUCGCUGAACAGUCAGCUGGCUGGCCUCAUGCUCUUUCCUUUUUGGUUCUACAAAGAUGGAUUGGCAUUAUGGUCGACUUUUACUGACCCUGUCAACUCGGUAGGUAUUGUCUUCUAACUUAACUGUAACUUACUUUACUUACAGAAGGUCACGGAGCCUCUAUCCCACUUCAUCGGCUACCUCUUCAUGUCAGGUGUGUUGUCUUUCAUCCAAAACCUAUGUGCCUUCACCCUCAUUCAUCAACUCACAACUCUAUCGUAUGCCAUUUCGAAUGCUGCCAAACGAAUCGCAGUCAUCAUAAUAUCACUGGUAUACCUUCGCAAUCCGGUUACUCCGAUGAACUUUUUGGGCAUGUUAAUAUCGGUUAUGGGGGUGUUUAUCUACAAUCGAAUCAAGAGUUCGGAGCGAACGAAACGGUCCAAAUCUCCACUGAUUCCGGAGACAAAUGAUGAUUAUAACAGUACCAAGUUCCUGCGGCGUCACGACAGGGUGGUACACUUAGGCGGCAUGAGGAGUACUAAUAGUGAUGUAAAGUAGGUUUUAUGUAUUUUAUGUUAUGGUGCUAAAAAUGAAUUUAUAGUCGGUUUUUUGGUUUUAGGAAUCAGAGUUCCUAUUUGUUCCGGAGCGGGAUUUCAUAAAAAGGCGGAGCCGUAGCUGAAGCCGUAGGCUAAAAUUUUAAACUUUGGAAUUAUUAUACUGAUUAAUGUGAUGAAAAAGUUUUUGGGGUUGUAGAGAGUACGGGUUAUUUUUUUUUUAGAAUAGAAGCGCAUGACCAAGGUUGUUAAGGUAGACAUGAGGAACGGGCCGGCUUGAAUGUUAGGCCCCGUUUGAUCUAAAUUUGUGUCAAGGCCGGCCCGUUCCUCAAGCCUAGUUAUGGAGUUUGAAAAAAAAUAAAAAUGAAAUUUAUAACUUUGAUUUUCAGAUUACUGCUAUCUUCCUAA